UGGCGCGGUCGCCGGUCCCACGGACAGACCUCGAGGGGCGUCGUCGCUUCACGCUCUCGGCGUUGUCGCUCACGCCUUUCCCAAACAGUUCGGCGCUCGCCGGCGCGCGCGCGUGUGUGUGUGUGUGAGUGUGUGUGUGUGGACUCGGCCAGGACUCCGGAGGCCGGAGGGGGCCCCACGCCCGCGGCGGGCAAACACUGCUCGCCGGCCAGUGACGUCACACCGGGAUAUGCCUGAGGUGUAGGCGCCCCCCACAGCCCCAGGGAGCUCCAGGAUGCCGGAGGACACGAAGGGCGCGGGGCCGGUGGCCGCCCAGCAGCCCACCAACGGGCCGGCGGCCUCGCCCGCGCAGUCGCCGAUGAAGCGCAGUCGCGCCAAGACGGUGCUCGCCAAGGUCACCCUGCUGGACGGCUCGGUGCUGGAGCUGAGCAUCGAGCGCAAGGCCAAAGGCCAGGAGCUGCUGGACCUGGUGUGCGACACCCUCAACCUGGUGGAGAAGGACUACUUCGGCCUGACGUACGAAGACCGCCACGACCCCCGAAACUGGGUGGAGCUCGACCGACGAUUAUCCAAGUUUUUCAAAAAUGAUCCUUGGAAGUUUAACUUCGAAGUCAAAUUCUACCCUCCCGACCCAGCUCAACUGCAAGAGGAUAUCACAAGGUAUCACUUGUGCUUGCAAAUCCGAAACGACAUUCUGAAUGAGCGGUUACCUUGCUCAUUUGUCACCCACGCCCUCUUGGGGUCCUACCUGGUUCAAUCAGAGCUGGGUGAUUUUGACCUGGAAGAGCAUGGACGUAACUAUCUCAGUGAAUUUAGAUUUGCACCAAAUCAGACCUCAGAACUGGAAGACAAAGUUAUUGAAUUACACCGCACCCACAAAGGCCAGACACCAGCAGAGGCAGAACUGCACUUUUUGGAAAAUGCCAAAAAGUUAGCAAUGUAUGGAGUCGAUCUCCAUCCAGCCAAGGACAAUGAAGGUGUAGAUAUCAUGCUAGGUGUGUGUGCAUCUGGCUUGCUGGUCUACAGAGAUAGGUUGAGAAUUAAUAGGUUUGCUUGGCCCAAAAUCCUCAAAAUAUCUUAUAAGCGUCACAACUUUUACAUUAAAAUUAGGCCAGGAGAAUAUGAACAGUAUGAAUCAACAGUCUGCUUCAAGCUUGUAAAUCACAGAGCAGCCAAGAAGCUGUGGAAAGUUUGUGUAGAACACCAUACAUUCUUCCGGUUGAUGAAACCAGAGCCAACAAUGAAAUCAGGACUAUUCCCACGAUUUGGUUCCAAGUUCCGUUACUCGGGACGCACACAUUAUGAAUCAAGAAAACUGCCUAUUGACAGGCAAGCACCCCAAUUUGAAAGGUCACUGAGUGGAAGGCGACUCACCAGCCGCAGUAUGGAUACUCUUGGCCAUAGAACACUGGGGGAUGAAAAUGACCCGAAGCGGCACACAAUGCCUCAUGCCCCAGGCAGAAUCCCAGAGGAACACAGCCUCAACACAUCGAAGGAUAAGGACAAGAAAUCCAAGGAUAAGCGAGGACGAAAAGGCAGCUUGGGUGAAUCAAGUGGUAGCUCUGACAGCUCAUCAGAAGGGGAAUAUGAGGCUGGAAGCCGUAGAGACAGAGACUCCUCAUCAGAAAAACCGAAGAAACCAAUUGGCGGUGUUGCUGUGUUGCCACUUGGAGGAAUCAAAUUAGGGCGAAGCAAGAAGAGUAAGGAGAAAGAAAAUGGGCUGGGAGAGACAGAUGACGACAAUGAAAAGGAAAACCGAGAUGACUCAUUCAUCACGGACCCAUCUUCUGAUUCUGCAAGGAAAGCUGGAAAGGACAAGAUAAUAGAUAGUCCUGACAAGGACAAGAGCAAAAUUAAGAGUCCGGUAACGCUGUUUGGCAAGGGCUCCAGUCGCAGACUCAGUGGUAAGGACAAAGAUAAGGGCAACAAGGGACUCUCCGACCAGAGCAACGACCAGGGCCGCGACCGGGAGGGCAUCGAGCUCACGGAGCAGGCCGUGAGUGGCGGACAGGGGCAGGGGCAGGGCCAGGGCCUGGGGCAGGCCGACAAGUCUCCCUCCAGCACCACGGCCUCGGCGGUGUCCGCCCUGCUUCGCAGCAAGUCCAGGGAGACGGAAGAGAGACUGCGCGAAAAGGAGGCCAAACGGCUGGAGGAGAAGAGGAGGAAGGAAGAGGAGAAGAGAAUCAAGGACGAGGAGAAGCGAGUAAAGGACGAGGAGAAGCGACGCAAGAAGGAGGAGAAGGAGCGCGAGAAGGCCGCCGCCGCCGCCAAGAAGGGCAAGAAGACGGCCGUGGCCGUCAAGGAGCUGGCCGACACCUCCCUGGACACGGACGUGUCCUCGGCGCAGUCCAGCCCGGACAAGCAGGGCCAGGGCCAGGACGGCAGCCUGGGCUCCACCAGCCCUGGCGGCGGCCCUCCCCACGGCUCGCCGACGCUGCCGGGCUACACGCGCGAGUACGACUACGUGGCGGACGACGCCGAGCUACGGAACAAGCCGUUCAAGCCCCAGGAGCGCGGCUUCUCGUACGAGGAGCGGCAGCGGCAGCAGCGCGGCGCGGGCGGCCUUCAGGACGAACAGCGCUCGCCCACCUCGGGCCGCAUCCUCACCGGCCUGGCCUUCAACUACGCCCCCGGCGAGGCGCGCAAGCUGGCCGAGACCGCGGAGAAGAGGAAGACUGCUGCCGGCGACAAGAACGCCGACGGCAGCACGGCGGUCUCCGGCGUCGGCAUCAAGACCCCCGGGCUGGACUACGUCGAGUCGGCCGCGCGCAAGGAGCAGGCCCGCGGCGCGGCGGACGGCGGCGCGGCCGGUGGCUCUCCCUCCGCGCGCCGCAGGCUGGACAUGAAGUCCGGCUUCCUGUUCGGUAGCGGCGCCGACGCGGCAGUGCAGUCUGCGGCCGCGGGCAAGACGCCGGCGGCCGGCGCGGCGGGCAGCGGCCCUGCGUCCUACACCAUCUCCACCUCCGCCACCUCCCCCACCUCGGGCAACUUCGACGAGGGGCUGGUGGGCGGCUCCUACCCCUACGGCGGCCCCGGCGACUCCCCGCGAGUCGGUGGCGGCGCUGCCGGCGCCCUGGGCAGGACGACGGGCAUCGCGGCGUCCCCCGGCGCCAAGCGGACCAUCACCACGACGACCGUGACCACCGAGUUUGGCGGCGCGGGCCGCGCUUCGCCCAGCAGCCCGGUGGCCGAGUUCCUCGCCAAGGAGUCCGAGUUCGCCGCGCAGCACGGCCAACAGGGCUACAGCUCGCCCAGCAGCCCCACCAGCAUGGGCAGCGCCAGCAGCCCUGGCAGCGCCGGCAGCCCCGGCAGCCAGGACUCGCCCUCCAGCAAGGCGGCCAAGGACAAGAAGAAGAGCAAGUGGGGGCUCGGCGGGCUGGGAGGCGCCCUGGGCGCCAAGCACAGCGACGACCCCAAGGACAAGGAGCUGAGGGAGGCCAAGGAGAAGGAAGCCAGGGAAGCCAAGGAGAAGGAAGCGAAGGCCAAGGCGGAGGCCAAGGAGAGGGCCGCUAAGGAGAAAGAGGCCAAGGAAAAGGAAGCCAAGGAAAAGGCGGCCAAAGACAAGGAGGCCAAGGAGAAGGCCGCCAAGGAGAAGGAACUGAAGGACAAGGAAGCCAAGGAGAAGGCGGCUAGGGAGAAGGAACAGAAGGACAAAGAGGCCAAGGAGAAGGCCGCCAGGGAGAAGGAAGCUAAGGAAAAGGCGGCCAAGGAGAAGGAAGCCAAGGAAAAAGAGGCGAAGGAGAAGGCUGCCAAAGAAAAGGAGGCCAAAGAACUUCGAGAGAAGGAAGCCAAGGCACUUAAAGACGCUAAAGAAAAGUCAAGCAAGACAAAGACGAUUCUUGGUGCUGCUGGGGCUGCAGGUUCAGGCCAUCCUGAAGAAAGUACCUCCGGUGGGGAAGCGGCCUCAGAAAGUGACGACACAGCUGAGUAUGCUGAAGGGGAAAGAUCUCGAGGAAUUAAGGGUAUUGCUGCAAAAUUAAAGCUGCCUCGUACUCCUAGUAAGAAGAAGGCUGGUUCUUCUGAUAAGCAGUUGGCAGCGGGCACUCCUAAAGUUGUGAAGACAACCACCAAACAGACUGUUGUCAAAGACAGUGAAGGUCUGACUCACAACAUUGAGGAGAAAGUUGAAGAUCUUGGUACGGGAGCUGUUAAUGUCUCUACGCACGAACACAAGGCGGAGGGCGUGAAUGACAAUGGGCGCUCCCCAUAUGUCACUGCAACUGCUGUCACCACCCGCACAGCAACAACCCAUGAGGAUCUUGAGAAGAAUGCUAAGACCAGCCAGGUUGAAGAGAAAACAGUGGCACACACUAUGACAACUAGUGCUACUCGCCAGGAGCAGCGAGUGGUGACUCAGGAGGUCCGAGCCACAUCCACUGUUUUAAGCGGAAGUGACACUCAGCGUCAUAGGUUGUCAAGUUCAUCUGAUUCUACGAGCUCGGAUGAUUCUGGUACACCGGUGGACAUCUUGGAUGACUCUCAGGGCGAGUACUUUGUCAACUGCAAUGCUGAUGAUGACCCGUUGUUCCAGCCACACGGAAUUGUCCAGACUGAAACUCUUGUGUUCAACGAGGGAGGAGAGGCCCCAGCCUUGACCAGCACGACACAAGUUCCACUGGUUCAAACUGAGAGCCGGAAAGUUGCCCUGGAAACUGAAGAUGGUACCUACAGUGCAGAGGGUGAAAUUGUCAGCUCCCAAACCAUCAGCAGCAAGACAAGGACUGUCGAAACAGUGACUUACAAGACAGAACGAGAUGGUGUUGUGGAGACUCGAGUGGAGCAGAAGAUAACCAUUCAGUCGGAUGGAGAUCCUAUUGACCACGACAAGGCAUUGGCAGAAGCUAUUCAAGAAGCUACUCUGAUGAACCCUGACAUGACAGUAGAAAAGAUUGAAAUUCAGCAGCAGACAGCCAGUGGUGCAUCUCAGUGAACUGGUUGAAACUGAUCUGAAAAUUUCAGAUCUUCACAAUUCAGCUAGUGCAUCACUGAGUUUGAUCAUGCUCCUUAAGAAACUGGAUUUCGCUCUGAGCAAGGCACAAUACCCUUGUUUUUUGAUGGCACAUUAAAAAUCUCAUUUUGUUGCCCGCCCAAGUAGUUUGAGGAAGAGGGACUUGUUAUUACAUUGAUGUUGUAAAAUUAGCCUGUCCAUUUUAAUUCUUUUUUUUUAAACUACUAUUUGGACAUGAUGUUAAUGUGAAAUUGUAGAUUUGUUUGUGUUUACAUUUACAUUUUAAUUUUACUUGUGGCUCACUGGAUGUGUCUUAUUCACAUUCUGUUCACUUUCACCUUUCAUUCACCUUGCAUCCCUUUCAUUGUAUUAUUCAUCUUCAUUCACCUCCAUAUGAGAUGUGACUUCACCAAGACGAUACAUUGGCAGCAGAGCAGAAAUAAGCGAAGUGUACAAGAUAAAUUAUUGUUAAUAGCUACUAAGUAGCACAUAUAAGUUGGCUUUGUGUAUAUAAAAUAUGCACCUCACAAGUGAACACAUAUUCUAGCAGGAGUAGCUGAGGCUGAGAGGCAGCUCUAUUUUUAGGAGAUUAUUGUCCACUCUCAGGGAGGCUGUACUCUUUAAAGUGUUUACCCUCGAUCUGAGAAACUACUCCCUUACUUGCAUCUUGGGCUAGAAAACAGAUUUAAUCACUAAACAGAUUUCUGAAACUUGCAUGUUGUUUUUUUUUUCCAGUUGGAAUGUUCUAAAAAGAUUAUAAAAUCUGUUUAUUUGACAGUGUAUUGUUGUGUAUACUAUAAAAAGUGACUUCACGUUUUUAUGUUUUCAUUAUUUUAUUUUUAUAGUACCUUUUGUUUGCCUUUUUAUAAGACAUAUUUUAUGUGUUGUGCGUCCUGCACAGUUUCCAUUUUAUUUGACUAACCUUAUCAUAGGCAUCUAUUUCUCUCUUCCAUUAAUUUAUAGACGUUUAGUCGGUUGAGUACCUGCUAUGCUGCUGCUGUUUGUUUGCCUUCCACUCAAUGCACUACACAAUAGUAUUAGCAAUCUGUCCAUCUAGCCAUAGUGUUAAUUGUUUGCUUUCAGGAAGGAUUAAUUUCUUAACUCUUAAUUUAUAUAAAAAUUAUAUUAAAAUAAAAUUAUAUUUUAUGGAAUAUGUUGUUUUUUUUAUUUAUUUAUGAAAGAAUGCAUUUACAUCUUCAUGGUGUAGUGAUGGGCCUUGAUUGAGGAUAAAAGAGUUCCAAUCAUGAGUAUAUUCUCUUCUGUUAAUUUACUGUUGUUCCAAUGUAUGUUGCAUGUGCUUAAGCUUAAAAUUUUCUUUUCUGAUUAGAGGGAUGAAAAUUAAUUGCUGGUGACUUUUUGAUAAAUCAGUAUAAUGAGACUUCUGCAUGUGAUACUGCUAUACAAACCGUCUCCUAAAAAAGACUUACCUUUUUAACUGUAUCAACUUUGAAUCUUUUGUAUUUAGUAUCAUGGUAGAAGUUAGUCCCUCUUAUAAGUGAAAGUAUGUUACUUUCUGUAUUCUUAUCUACGUAACAUUUGUAUAUGUAUACCUUACGGAGCCUUGUUACUUAUACCACAAUGAUGUACACAGCAUCUGCCUCAACAUUGAGGUCAAUAAUGCCUCAGGAUACUUAUGAAGAAAAUAUCCUACUGGAGAACAGUAUGAUUCACUGCCAUUACUAAUCGUGAGAUCCAGUAGCAUGAUCUUCUAAGUAUGGAGAAAGGGACUAAAGCCUUAAUGCAUGUAAAAUUUGCUUUCCAUCUGAUGAAAAUGAGAUCUGUUGAAAUGAAUUCAACACAGAGAGUCUCUAAAGAGAUAUGUUAUCAAUGUAAUAUAUUUUAUGGUCUCCUAAGAAAGGGGUGCCAAAGUUGUUGUUCGAAUUAGGAAACGUGUGUAGAUUGUUAAAAGUGUUAACCUUUAGUUGACUUAGGUUUUCAAACCCAGUUUUCUGAAUCGAUUACAAAUUCAUGACCAAUUCAUUCAAAACGAGCCACUAGAAACAGACUAGAUUGGACCACUGUAGUUAAUUUUAGUUGAAUGGAUUUGGGCUUUAUUUUCUGGCAACUCAGCAGCACAAACUGUUGUCAAAUAUGUUAAACCUUAACACACAAGACAAUUUGUUGCCGUCAAUAGGAACUAAAGUACUUGUCUAGAAUCAUGAAUAUGUAGCGUUAUAUCCUACCAACAAAUUGGGUUCUGUUCACAUUGCUGCAAAACAAGUAUGCUGAAUAAAAGCUUCAACAAAAUUAA